AUGGCAAAGCGCGCUAUGGACUAUGGAAAUGAUGAUAUCCUAGAUCGGAGAAGGUUGUCGAAUGAAGCACACUUAGCUGGAGUGGAUUGUAUGCUAUGUAGACUCGUGAGUUGACUCCGGAUGUCAGUGGCGAUGUUGACACUCAGCACCGCAAGAGCUACUAGGUCACAUAGAGUGGCCUGUAUAUCGGAUUCUGUUCGAGCGGCAAAUUCUUCGUGCUUUCCAGUCUUCGGCAUGAAGAAUUCGACGAUCUACUUGCUCUCAAACAGCACACACGAAGUGACAGAAAUACUCCAUGUACUGCAGAGGACAUAUCGUGCACUCGAUGUGCAUAUCCUCUUCCCAUCACGCAACUCGCGACGUCUGUCCGAUUCCAGCUAGCAAAAAGAUGCACGUAGUAGAUGACCAUGCCAGUCAACCUGUCGAUAGAGUCUGUCCCAAACUUAGCGCAUCAGGGUUCAUCAUCCUGUGCUG